CGUGUGCCCGGAGAGCAGCCCCCGCCCCCCCGAGAGCCAGCUGAGGGCCAGGAUGGAGGCCUCCUCGUGGGUCUGGUGCCCGCGCGUGUGUCCUGCGCACGGGGCAGAGGCGGCGUGUCGGCCUGUGCUGCUGACAGGGCUGCACUAUUUGUAACCGUGUGGCCGGGCUGGGCCAGACCUGAUCUCUGUGCGGGCAGCUCCCAGGCUGGGGCCCUUGCAAGAUGGACCGGGCAUUUCUCCUCCCAGCCCCUAAUAUGUGGAUGUGACACGGCACCAACGUCCCUCCAGCUCCUGUGCCAGGGAGCCAUGUCCCUGCAGGCUCUGACGUGGCGCUGUGGUCACCGCCCCGCGCUGGGACAGAGUUAUUGGGUCUCAUCUUCAUCCUCGUGCCCAUAGACGUCUGUUAGCAAGAGCUGUGGGACUUUGAAUCUUUCUUCUCCCCACUCUCCACGCAAGGAAACCCCUGUUUACCUUGGUCCCGGGCCAGCGCAGGAGAAUAGCAGGGCUUUCCCCAUGCCAGCAGCACCAGGGCUAACCUGUGCCUUCUCUUCCCCACCCGCAGGUGCUGGGACCCUGCGCAGGUCUGAGCCGAAGCCUCCCGGACAAGAAGCUGCAAUCCUGGAGCUGCAGAGGACUUCCCCAGGGAGACAGGAGGAGAUGGGCUCCCUGACAUGUGAGCUGGGCCAAAUGCAGAAGGGGCAGGGCAGGCCUCCAGAGCAACAGCUCCAGGAGGUGUUUGAGGACGUGGCCGUGUAUUUCACACGGAGGGAGUGGGAGCUGCUGGACGAUGACGACAAGGUGCUUUACCGGGACCAGAUGCUGAAGAAUUUCCAAGCCCUCGUUUCCCUGGGAUAUCAAGGUCCUACACCUGACUUGAUCUGCAGCAUCCAGCAAGGACAAGCGGAGCUCUGGAUCUCUGAUGAUGAGGGCGGUGGGGAAAUCUCAAGGUCCGAGGACCUGCUGUCAGAAGGUGCUUGGCAGCUGUGCAGAGCUAAGGAGCAGCCUCCUGCGGGAGGGCCAGCAGACCUGGAGCCAGGACAGACUUCCCUAGGGAGUUUGGGCAAGAUGGACUCCCUGAGACCUGAGAAGCAGUGGCACAAGAAUCAGGGAAGGCCCCGAAAGCAGAAGGAGAAUGGAACGAUGAACCAGCACCACUGCAUCCACCUGGGGAGGAAGACGCACUGCUGCACUGAGUGCAAGAAGAACUUCAUCUGCUGGCAAGAUCUGUCCCAGCACCAGUGUGUGCAGACCGGGGAGCAGCCACACUGCUGCACCAAGCGUGUGAAGAGGUUCAGGCAUUCCUCCAGCUUUGUCAGGCACUGGUGCAUGCAUGCAAGGGAGAAGCCACAUCAGUUCUUGAAGUGUGGGAAAAGCUUCACCCAGUCCUCCAACUUGGCCAAACACCGACUCAUUCACGUGGCAGAAAAGCCACAUCGGUGCUCAGUGUGUGGGAAGAGCUUCACUUACUCCUCCAGGUUGGCUCAGCACCAGCGCAUCCACACAGGGGAGAAGCCACAUCAGUGCUCACAAUGUGGGAAAAGCUUCACCUGCUCCUCCACCCUGGCCCAGCACCAGCGUAUCCAUACAGGGGAAAAGCCUCAUCGGUGCUCAGAGUGUGGGAAGAGCUUCACUUGCUCCUCCAGGCUGGCUCAGCACAAGCAUAUCCACACAGGGGAGAAGCCACAUCAGUGCACAGAGUGUGGGAAGACCACUUACUCCUCCAGGCUGGCUGAGCACCAGCGUAUCCACACAGGGGAGAAACUGCAUCUGUGCUCAGAAUGUGGGAAGAGCUACACCUGCUCCUCCACCUUGGCCCAGCACCAGCUUAUCCACACAGGGGAGAAGCCAUAUCAAUGCUCAGAAUGUGGGAAGAGCUUCACCUGGUCCUCCAGCCUGGCCCGGCACCAACUCAUUCACACAGGGGAGAAGCCACAUCAUUGCUUGGAGUGUGGGAAGAGCUUCACUCACUCCUCCAGGCUGGCUCAGCACCAAUGUAUCCACACAGGGGAGAAGCCACAUCGAUGCUUGGAGUGUGGGAAGAGCUUCAACCAGUCCUCCAACCUGGCCAAACAUCGACUCAUCCACAUGGCAGAAAAGCCACAUCAGUGCUUGGAGUGUGGGAAGAGCUUCCCUCACUCCUGCAGACUGGCUCAGCACCAACGCAUCCACACCGGGGAGAAGCCAUAUCAGUGCUCAGAGUGUGGGAAGAGCUUUACUCAGUUUUCCACGCUGGCUCAGCACCAGCGUAUCCACACAGGGGAGAAACCAUAUCGAUGCAUGGAGUGUGGGAAGAGCUUUGCUCACUCUGGCAGCCUGUUUCAGCACCAGCGUAUCCACACAGGAGAGAAACCACAUCGUUGCUUGGAGUGUGGGAAGAGCUUUACCUGCUUCUCCAGCUUGGCCCAGCACCAGCUCAUCCACACAGGGGAGAAGCCACAUCAGUGCUUGGAGUGUGGGAAGAGCUUCACUUACUCCUCCAGGCUGGCUCAGCACCAGCGUAUCCAUACCAGGGAGAAGCUAUAUCAAUGCUUGGAGUGUGGGAAGAGCUUCAUUCACUCCUCCAGCCUGGCUCAGCACCAGCGUAUUCACACAGGGGAGAAGCUACAUCGAUGCUCAGAGUGUGGAAAGAGCUUCACCUGCUUCUCCAGCUUGGCCCAACACCAGCUCAUCCACACAGGGGAGAAGCCAUAUCAGUGCUCAGAGUGUGGGAAGAGCUUCAUUCACUCCUCCAGCCUGGCUCAGCACCAGCGUAUCCACACAGGGGAGAAGCCAUAUCAGUGCUCAGAGUGUGGGAAGAGCUUCAUUCACUCCUCCAGCCUGGCUCAGCACCAGCGUAUCCACACAGGGGAGAAGCCAUAUCAGUGCUCAGAGUGUGGGAAGAGCUUUGCUCAUUCCUCCAGCCUGGCUCAUCAUCAGCGUAUCCGCACAGGGGAGAAGCCACUUCAGUGCUUGGAGUGUGGGAAGAGCUUCACCUGCUCCUUCUCCCUGGCCCAGCACCAACUCAUCCACACAGGGGAGAAGCCAUAUCAGUGCUCAGAGUGUGGGAAGAGCUUCACUCAUUCCUCCAACCUGGCCCAGCACCAGCGUAUCCACACAGGGGAGAAGCCAUAUCAGUGCUUGGAGUGUGGGAAGAGCUUCACUCAUUUCUCCAGCCUGGCUCGGCACCAGCGUAUCCACACAGGGGAGAAGCCACAUCAGUGCUUGGAGUGUGGGAGGAGCUUCACCCAAUCCUCCCACCUGGCUCGGCACCAGCUCAUCCACAGAGAGAAGAAACCACAUCAGUGCUCAGAGUGUGGGAAGUGCUUCCUUCACUCCUCCGAAUUGGCCUUUCACCAGUGCACCCCUAUUCAUGAGCAUCCAUAGUUUUGCGAGCAAUACAGGAAGGAUUUGGGGAUGUAUACCUGCUCAGCACCCACCAGUGUCUGCAUACAGGGAAGCAGUGUGAUGCUGGUGCAAUGCAGCAACAGCUCACCCUUUGUUCAGCGUUUCUAGGUCGCUGCAAAUCCGAAAGGAGACAGGCUGACGUCCAAGGUUUGCUGAGGCAGAGGGGUGAAAAGGAAACUCCUCAUGCAGGGGCCAGCCCAGAUGCUGGGGGAACCUGUGACAAGAUGAUCUUCACAUCAGCCUUGGAGCCUGUGCCAUCCCCAUCAUUCUCUUAAAGCAGCCAGUGCUCCCAGGGGGAGAAGAAUUACCUUUACAAUAGGAUGCCUUCUGCAAGUGGCUCCUAAUGACAUCUAGGGACUCUCUUUGGCCGAAUCCUAGUUUUGUCCUCCCUAGUCCCAGGGUUUGGUAUGUUAGGCUCUUGAGUUGCAGGAAGGAGGACACUGAUGUCUGGGGAAGCAUUCCUUGCUCUAAGCAACCCUGACCUUGCCUUUCCUUCCCAGCACAUCACCCCUCUCCCAGGCCUGCAUAUUCCUAUCGGAGUCUGCAAGAAGCUGCUUCUGCCACCCCGUGAGCCCAGUUUGGCGGAGUUUGCUUCUCAGCCUCUUGUCAGAGCUUUGCGCCACCAGGUGCCAGCUGCCCCCUCUUCUCGUUCAUAGACUUGUAGAAAAUUAGGGGUGUAAGGGGCCUCCAGAAUUCAUCUAGUCCUACUGCCUGCUCCAAGUUGAACCGUCCCCAACUAGAUUAUCCCAGCCAAGGAUGGAGAUUGCACAACCUCUCUGGGUAACCUGUUCCACUGUUUUAAUACCCUUGUAGUGAGAGAAGUUCUUCCUAACAUUUAACCUAAAU